CCAUGCGCUGGCACUCAGUUCACUGUACAGCGGUGCAUAUACGAGCUGGCUACCCUGCCAAGGGGUUUAUUUUCGACUGCUUCUGGCUGCGACAACACAAGUUACAGACGUGCGACCGUCAAUUUUAAGAAUCUUUGCUUGGAGAGCUAGCCACCUAAACACCACUCCGACGCGAGGCCUGCAUCAAUCAUGUCAACAAAAGCCUCAUACCUACUGCUUGCCUCAUCGGUCGCAUCGGUCGCAUCGCUGCUGAACCCGGCGCCUCGACUACAUCGAACCUUUCGCCGUCACACUGGAGACGUUUCACGAUACAACUCGCCGACCGCUGACAAUUAUCUUGCAUCGCUCUCCAGCGCGCCAGCGGCAGCGGAGGUUUCACCGCCGUACGAGCCGUCGUGGGAGGAGUUGACGCAGGUGCCGGUUACACUUAACGCGAACGACUGGACGGCACUCGGUAAAGCGAAGCGACUCGCGGUGCUGUGUCGUCUCUCGGUGGUGCAUCUUACGGUGAUCUCUUGUGCGUCCGGCGGCCUGCUCGCGGGUGCAGCUGGCAAAGGCAACGCACUACGGUCUACGCUCUGGACCGCGACGUUGUGUCUCUGGCACCUCUCGCACAAUGUCAUUAAUGAUUUGCAGGACCUCGACGUGGGCCGCGACGAAUCAAAGGGCGCGUUCCGUCGGUCAUACGGCUGCCACCCGGUGGCUCAGGGGUUCGUCUCAAGGAAAGAUGCUAUGAAAGUCGUCUUCGCGUUGACGGCGGCCGCAGCAGCCGGGAGCGCGGCCUCGGUGGCACUGGCGCCGGCCUGCGCGUGGGCUAUCCCUGCGGGUCUCGCCGCGACGCUGCUAUACACGCCGCUCGCCAAGCCGUGCGCCCUCGGCGAGCUACUAGUGUACCUGGUCUGGGGCCCGGCCAUGGUCGGCGGUGGUUAUGCGGCCACGGCGGGCGUGCACUCACCAAGCGUUACGUGGCUCGCGUCCUUGCCGCUCGGACUUGGAGCCUUCGCGAUGAUAUUUGGCAAGCAUAUCGACAAGAUCGCCGAGCCGGUGCGGACGUUGCCCAAAUUGCUCGGCAAAAGGUUGGCGAAGGCCACCGCGGUGUCCGCACUGAUAGGCCAGCACGUCGCGUCCCUGCUGCUCGUCCGCGCGGGCAUUCUCCCGGCUGCGUGCCUGCUCUCACUUGCAUCUCUGCCGUUCGAGACGCGCGCCGCCGUGCGUAUACUUCUCACGGAGGAGCCACCGGCCGAGAAGCCGUCGCCGGAUGUCUCAUACCGCGGGUCGAUGCUCCCCUUCGUCCCUGCGAAAGCGUGGCCGCUCUGGUAUGUCGCGGUCGCGGGCUGGCAGGCGGUCGUCUACGGCUACUGGUUCACGCUGGGGCUCGGGGCCGCGGCGAUUCGCGCGUGAUUAUUGUGUAUUUACU